AUGGCUUCAACCGAUAUCCCCGCAACGCAACGCUCAUACCGUGCGACUGGCAAGGGAGAGCCUCGUAAAGCUAUACAGCUAGUCAAGGACUUUCCUGUGACCACAGCACUAAAGGAGGGCGAGGUCCUCGUCAAGGUUCAGGCAGCUGCACUUAAUCCCCUCUUCUACAAGCUCCUGGAUCUUCUUCCGAACUUCGUCCAUAAGAGGCCAUUGACGGCAGAGUAUGACUUUGCUGGAGUCGUGGCCAAUGCUAAUGGUUCUACAUGGUCCUGCGGUGAUCAAAUAUUUGGUUGGAUCACUCCUGGUCAGAACUCAAAGACGAAAGAGGGUGCUCUUUGCGAAUACAUCGUCGUACCCGCAGAGAAUAUCACCCUCCGCCCAUCGAAUAUCACACCGACGCAGGCUUCUGGAAUCUCGCUGACUGGCAUGACAGCUUAUCAAGCCAUCUUCCAAGACGGCAAACUGAAGGCCGGGCAAACUCUGUUUGUCAAUGGUGGAAGUACCUCUGUCGGCGCUUUUGCCAUCAUAUUCGCAAAAUCCAGGGGAAUCAAAGUGGUCGCUUCAGCAUCUGGAAAGAACGAAGCUUUCGUCCGUAGGAUGGGUGCGGAUGAAUUUAUCGACUAUACGAAACAACCGCUAGCAACAUACCUCGGUGAGAACCCUCCGACCACACCCUACGACGUCAUCCUCGAAGCUGUUGGCAUGGCCGAUAACUCCUUAUAUACCCACUGCGAGAAAUACCUUGCACCAGAAGGCAUCUAUCUCUCCGUGAAGCCACAGCCUAACAAGUGGAGCGACGCAUCGAAGUUGGGGAGGUUAGCCUUUGAUGUCAUUGUACCGGGUUGUUAUGGAGGUGUCAAUCGCAAGUUUGCUAUGGUCGAGGUCAAGCACAAGAAAGAAGACCUGGACGAGAUGGCCGCUAUGUUGGAGAAGUCCGGAGUGAAACCACCUGUCGAUUCCGUGUUUGCGUUCGAAGAUGUGUUCGAUGCAUAUGAUCGGUUGAUGACCGGUCGUGCCACGGGGAAAGUGGUCGUGAAGGUUGACUCGUCUGUGGAGUAGCAAGUAGCUUUCCUAUAUGUUGGCUGUGUUCGGUAGGUAUCGACAUCAGAAUGAUUCACAAUGUCACAAUAGACACGAAUCUCUCAGAGAUGUGUAUAUAAGUAAUUG